CUCCUCCUUCACAUAGACCUCUUCAAUUGCAAUAAUGGCUUAUGUUUUCAAGAGAGGUGGACGGAAGGAGAUCGUACAGUUUGAUAAGAUCACGAAGCGCAUAGCGAAACUGUGUUACGGUCUGGACACUGAUCAUGUAGAUGCAGUCGAGAUUGCGCAGAAAGUCAUAUCCGGCGUCUAUCCUGGAGUCACGACCAUCGAACUAGACAAUCUUGCUGCAGAGACAGCGGCAUACCUUACCACCAAGCACCCCGACUACGCUAUCCUCGCUGCUCGCAUCGCUGUCUCGAACUUGCACAAGGAGACCAAGAACAAGUUCUCCGAAGUCGUCAAGGAUCUGUAUGAAUAUGUGAACCCCAAGACGGGAAAGCCCGCAGGACUGAUCUCACAAGAAACCUAUGACAUCGUCAUGGCCAACGCCGCCACUCUGGACUCCGCUGUUGUAUACGAACGCGACUUCCAGUACAACUUCUUUGGCUUCAAGACGCUGGAGCGCUCGUACCUACUCAAACUCAACGGCCGUCCCGCCGAACGCCCCCAACACCUCCUCAUGCGAGUCGCCGUCGGCAUUCACGGCGCCGACAUUAAACGCGCUGUUCAGACUUACGACCUCAUGUCGCAGAAGUACUUCAACCACGGCUCGCCGACGCUUUUCAACGCCGGGACCCCCCGGCCGCAAUUGUCCAGCUGUUACCUGCUCGCGAUGCAGGACGACUCGAUAGAAGGUAUCUAUGACACGCUCAAGAACUGCGCGAUGAUCAGCAAGACCGCGGGUGGUAUCGGACUGCACAUCCACAACAUUCGUGCAACGGGAUCAUAUAUCGCUGGCACGAAUGGGUACUCGAACGGUAUCGUACCCAUGCUUCGGGCAUUCGACUCUACUGCCCGGUACGUCGACCAGGGCGGUAACAAGCGCCCCGGCGCAUUCGCAAUCUACCUGGAGCCAUGGCACGCCGACAUCUUCGAGUUCAUUGACCUCCGCAAGAAUCACGGAAAGGAGGAGGUUCGCGCGCGCGACUUAUUCUACGCGCUCUGGAUACCAGAUCUUUUCAUGAAAAGGGUCGAGGCUAACGGCGACUGGUCGUUGUUCUGCCCGAACGAAGCACCGGGGCUGCACGAAGUGUGGGGACCUGAGUUCGAGGCCUUGUUUGAGAGGUACGAGAAGGAGGGCAGGGCGAAGAAGACCAUCCCGGCGCAGAAGCUCUGGUAUGCGAUCAUGGAGGCGCAGAUUGAGACUGGCGGGCCAUUCAUGCUCUACAAGGAUGCGUGCAACUCGAAGUCCAAUCAGCAAAACUUGGGCACCAUCAAGUCUUCUAACCUCUGCACAGAGAUCAUCGAGUACUCCUCACCAGAGGAGACGGCCGUGUGCAACCUCGCGUCGAUGGCGCUCCCCUCAUUUGUCGACAUGUCUACCAAGACCUACGACUUCAAGAAGCUGCACGAGGUCGCCAAGGUCGUUACCUACAACCUCAACCGCGUCAUCGACGUGAACCACUACCCGAUCCCGUCCGCGCGUCGCUCGAACAUGCGCCACCGGCCGGUCGGCCUUGGCGUUCAGGGCCUGGCCGACACGUUCAUGAUGCUCCGCAUGCCGUUCGACUCGCCUGCGGCAAAGCAGCUCAACAAGCAGAUUUUCGAGACGCUGUACCACGCCGCGCUCGAGGCGUCGAGCGAGAUUGCGGAGCGCGAUGGACCGUACGAAACGUGGGAGGGCAGUCCCGCACAACAGGGCAAGCUACAGUACGACCUCUGGGGCGUGACGCCGACCGACCUUUGGGACUGGAAGUCGUUGAAGGAGAAGAUCACGAGGACGGGUCUACGGAACUCGUUGCUGCUGGCGCCGAUGCCGACGGCGUCAACCAGCCAAAUCCUUGGCUUCAACGAAUGCUUCGAGCCGUAUACGAGUAACAUCUACACUCGUCGUGUGCUCGCGGGCGAGUUCCAAGUCGUCUGCCCCUGGCUUCUCCGCGAGCUCGUCGAACUCAAGCUUUGGGACGACCAGAUGAAGAACAUGAUCAUCGCGAACAACGGCUCCAUCCAGUCCAUCAUCGGCAUCCCGGACGACGUCAAGGCGAUCUACAAGACCGUCUGGGAGCUUUCCCAGAAGGUCGUGCUCGACAUGGCCGCGGACCGCGGCGCGUUCAUCUGCCAAUCUCAGUCGCUCAACGUUCACCUCCAGGCGCCAACGAUGGGUCAGCUUACGAGCAUGCACUUCUACGGUUGGCGGAAAGGAUUGAAGACGGGCAUGUACUAUCUGCGUACGCGCCCCGCGGCGAACGCGAUUCAGUUCACGGUUGACCAGAAGGUGCUCCAAGCGGCGAAGGAGGGCAGGGAAAAGGGAAAACCUAAGGCGGAGGUGUCGGAUGCUGCACCGGCAGUCGCGCCGAUCGAUGCUGCACCUCAAUCCCUAGCUGCGUCCAGCACGGCACAGAAUGACGUCCCGGCCGAAGCCGUCUCGCUCGACGAGCGCACGCAAGCUGCGGCCGCACAGGAUCCUGCGUUCGCCGCGGCGCUGCAGCGUCAGAAAGAGCGCGAGCUGGAGCAGGAGAAGUUAAUGUGCUCUUUGGAGAACAAGGAUGCAUGUGUGAUGUGCUCGGGCUGAGGUACCUGUCACUGUCCUACUGUCUCGGCUAGUUAUCGCAUGCAUACCCUUAUCGCAAUCGUUCAUGUGUAUCAUAUGUACUCGUCCCCCUUAGACUUAAUGCAGGAAAGCCUCCCCUUUC